AGGAAUCUGAAGGAGAAACUCCGGAUGUAGGUAAUAAAUUCAUUAUUUUAAUAGUUUAAGUGAGAUGAACAGAUUUGAACAAAAAUGUAUAUUUAUCAUAUUGAUUUGUGCCAUAUGAAAUGUAUGUGAGGAUGAAAUUUCUUCAUUAUUUUGGACCAUUUAAUGAAUCUCUAAAAAACUUCAAAAUCACUUUGCAUGGAGCCUAAAGAUAAGACUGAAAUUUCUGUUUUAUUAGUUGUAAAUGACAUAUUUGUAAGUAUUUAAAUGCACUAAUACGUUUUUGUUUGACAUGAAAAAAUUUACAUGUCUUUUUUUUAUGCAGAGUUAUCUGAACAUGAAAGUGCAGUUGAUGAAAAUGCGGAUCAAGAGGUAACAAUUUUUUGUAUAUUCACUAUUUUGGCAAUUUUUCAUUUGUAUUUCUGGUAGUUGUAAAUGUCCCCUCUUCCAUUUCCAGCAGAGAAGAGGUUCUUGCUAUUUGUUCAUUAUUAAAUUUAAAAAUCUCUUUAACCCUGUUAAAUCUUAUUUGUUGCUGGACAUACAAAAAGUCUUGCAAUAUUCCAUCGAGGGCCAAUGAAUUGUUGGUUUUCUUUUUAGCAAUUAUAUUUUCUGUCCCGCUGAGUACAUAGUUCUGCAAUAUUUAUACCUUUUCUGCCUGCAAAGUCAAAUACUUUAAUAUGAACAUUUAUUGUAUUGCAUACCAAUCAACACUUCAAAUGAUGAUGAAUCUUUUUAACUCUGUUUUUUUUUAAUCAGGAUGAAACAGAAGAGGGAAGUGAAACCGAAACUGAAGAAGGUUCAGAAACAGAAUCUGAGAGUGGCUCAGAGACAGAAACAGAAGGUGGUGAAGGGUACUCGGAUGAGGAAGGACUAGAGGAGGAACGUCAAAGUGGGGAUGGAGAGGUGAGCGAGCUUAAUUAUAUUAUUAUAUAGUCUCAAGGCUCUGCUGUUAAAGAGAUAUUUUAAACAAUACUGUUUUCAGGAUUCCAGAAUAAACAGCAAGUAAAGUAAGAAAUGCAAUUUUGAUGCUUAAUCUUUAUAAUAUUAGCCCAGUUUCUUGUGCUUCCAACUGCAUUCAGUACCGUUACACAUUUAAGUGCGUUGUCUGUGCUAAAUUAAUUUGGAAACAUUGAUGUACAUUUUCAAGCAGAAUUUUGGGUAAUCACAUUUUGCUGAAAUUCAUUCGACAUGACUUCCCAUGUAAGUGUUAAAAUAUUCUUAGAUUGUUCAUAUGUUAACAAAUCAAGAUAACAUUAUCUUAUUCCCAGGAGCAGCCAAACAGUGAUAAGCCUGAUGAUGAUGAAGAUAAAAAGAAUCCAGCAUAUGUGCCUCGUAAAGGUGCCUUUUAUGAACAUGAUUUUCGACAGGGUGAUGAAGGCCCAGAGGGUGUAGAGGAAAAGGAUGAUUCCAAGUAUGUUUCUAUUUAGCUAGCCUUUUGUUUGCAACAUAAAAAUGACUGCUUACUGCAAAAUAUAUUAUUUUUACUAUUGUGCCAAGAGUAAUCAUUAUUUUCAUACUUACUGAUCAGAAAUAGUAGAAUACUUUUACAUAGCUUAUGUAAAUUAACAUUAAAGAAUUAAAUCAAAGAAUUGUUUGAUAAUGUAUUAAUGUAACACUUAAGACAACCAGUUAUGAAUGCAGUUCACUUUAUUUUAAGUAAUUAUAGUACAAACCAAAUUUAUUUCUGAACCUGUCUAUGGUACAUAGUUAUUUUUGGCUGUAAACAAAUUGGUAAAAUUUGUGAACAGGUUAAAUUUAAUUAAGUAAAAAUCCAUGUAAAAGUUGUUGUUGUCUAAGGAGCAAUUUCAAAGUAUUAAAAAAAAAAAAAAUUAAAAUAAUAUAAAUUUUUCAAUCAAUAAAACACAAUCCUAUUGUUCCUUACAGACCUAAGAAAAAAUUAUGGCAGGAUGAAGGUAAAUGGUCACAUGAUAGAUACAGUGAUGACCUGCAGGCACCCAAGUCACGAGAGGAGCUCAUUGCCACUAAUGGGUAUGACAUUCGAGCUGCUGACAAGCCUCCUGAAGCUGCUCCUAAGAGACCUAGCAGGUAAGUUGUAUUGAAUAAUUUAAUGGGAUGAUUUGCAAAUAUUGCUUGUGGUUGAAUGGAAAUUCAUAUCUCAAGUUUUAUGAUUUAAAAAAUGAUAUAUUAAAAUAUGUCAGAUCGGUUAUUGGUGUAAGCUAAAUUGAAAGGAGAAAUUUAUAUAAAGGGUUUUUUUUUCAAAUGAUGAGAUAACCUCUGGCACACACUUUAAAGAGAUUAUUAAAUAUGCCUUAUCUUUACUGACAAUAGUAGUUACCUUAGUACUUAGUAUAGUACACAUCAAAAAAAAAAUUAUUUUUUGCACUAUCAUUCAGAGAGAAAGGUCCAAGAAAGCACAGAAUUCAAGACUUCAUUCCUCAGAUGGCUGUUAUAGAUACAACUGAGGAUGGAUCAGAUUCAGUACCCAACUUAGGAGAUGAAGAGUUGAUUCUCUACGAUGGACCACCAUCCAGAAAUGCAAACAGAAGCCAUGUGCGCAACACUGAUAGCAGGAGGGGUGGAAGGGGAAGGACAAGGGUGAAUGUUGCGGGUGAGGUCGAGAAUUACAACAACCGGAAUCGCGAAGACGCCAAUCAGUAUAAGAAUGAAAAAAAUUCUACGGACAAUAGGAUAUCUUCAGACAAUAGUAAGCCUGAAGAAAUACAAUCAGCGGAGGAAUUCCCUAGUCUUGAGGACACAGAAAAGACAAUAAAGCAAAGAGAGAAUCAAGGAGGGAAGAGAACAGACAAUUAUGAAAAACUGAAGAGUGAUGCAACAAAAUUUUUGGUUGAAAAAAGCCCUAAAACGUAUCCAACAGAAAGAGAUGGCAAUCAAAGAAAAGGAUACCGAGAUAACAGGGGUGGGAAAAUCCAGCAAAGCCAAGAUGCACGACGACAAGAUGAUGUUCGAGAAAAUAAUAGAUAUCAACAAGGAUACAGAGAUGAAAGAAAAGAUGUAAACAUUAAAUCGGGUGGACGGGACAGUGAUUUUUAUAACAGAGGUCCUGAAGAAAAUUGGAGAUCGGCUCCCAAUGAACACAGAGAGAGCUAUAACAGAGGGGAUGAUUACAGGCGGGGCAGCAAGCAAAACUUUGGCUAUGGAAGGCAACAACAACAACAGUACAGAGAUAAUAGAGGGCCAAGGGCGGGCAACUCUGGGGACGGGUACUUUAACUACAACAACCGUGGGAAUAGGUAUGAGCAGCCACCGCGCUACCAGCAGCAGGUUGAUGUGGCGUCUCCUAAAGAGCCAAGGGAAUACACGAACACAUCAUACAAAUCUGCAGAUGACAAGACAAAGCAACGGCAGAGUUACAAUGGGGCCUCACCUAAUGUAGCUAAUGUGGUUACGGAUGGUGGUGAUGGCAGUACUUCACAAAAUGUUGUGUUUUCUAACAAGGAAAAUGUGCAGACAAUAAAUGUUACCAUCACUAGCACAACAACUGAAAAGAAAUCGUAUGCUAAGGAGCGCAGGGCUAAAGGAUCAUCUUCUAAGCCUAUAGAGAGUGCCACAAUAAUGGGGAAUACAGAAAUGCAAAAACCUGGUAUGUGCUUUAUUAAAUUAAAAAUUUAAAUUUUUAAAAAUGAUCAGCUAUAAAUUUACAAGAAAACUUCUCAAAUCUGUUUUUUUUUUUUUCCAGUUGUUCAAGGGUCUGGCAUGCAGUAUCAAGUUCCGAGUCAAAGUAAUAUUAAGGUGGAUCCAAACUCCAUACAUCAGGCUGGUGCCAAACGAUAUUCUUCUCAGAGACAACAGACUCUUGUCAAAGGAGUAUACUCUGAACCACCCCCAAUGGAAAAUAGUGGUGCUAAACUUUACAACCCAGGCAUGCUCUGAUUUUAUUCUACAUUUCAUUUCUUUCGCUUUACAGAGCUUGAAAAACUAUCUCAAAUUUUGAAAAGUGUUUAGGUGUUAUACUUAGGAAAUUAAGUAUUUGCAUUUAAUAUAAUUUUUUCCUAUUUGAAUCAUAAAAUGACUGAUAAAUGAUUAUCAUUAAAAAUGUAUAUUUUUUGCUUUUUGUAAUUUUUCCCCCCUUAAUUCAUACGUUUCCAGCUUUGCCUCCACCCUCAUAUUUUCGGGAUCAUGGGUCUGUUAAUCCUGGCCAGCAUCCCACACCUUCUUCUCCAGGUGUUCAAGAUCCUACUCAUUAUCCUCCCCCACUUCUUCCUCCAGCUGCUGCAUUGCCCUAUGGUUUGCCAGGUAAAAAAUUUUCAUAGGUUUAUAAAUAUCUAUAUUUAUAUAUGUAUAUAAGCUUUUACAGUAUUAUAUCCAUUUACUGAUAUAAGAAGAAAAAUAACUAUAGUAAAAAAAAUUCAACUCAUUAAACACAAUUUGAUUCAAGUUAACAAGGAAUACUGUGCCUUAAUCCUCUUUAAAUAGCCAUAAUGAAGACCAUAAUCAUAUUUAAUUAGUUUUUAAUUCACAAAUUGGAAAUAAAUGAUUGCUCCAAACAUCAUAUAUUUUAUGUUCAUAUUUUUUAAUGAUAUUUUAAAGCAGUCACUUAGCAAGUGGCUUCUAAUACUAUUAAUAAGUAUUAACAAGUGUUUAAGUUAUUGUUUCUCAACAAAAGAUUUAAUAUUUUCUUUAUUUCUAACAUGGCAGCAAUGUUUAGCCCCUUUAACUCUUGAUCCUUGUUUUUUCCAUUUCAAGUUUCCACCACAGUUCUGCCACUUCCACCAAGUGCCCCCGGGAUUGCUAAUCCAGCUUUGUUCCAACCAACAACUGGCCCUCCCCCUGUUGGAACAGGUAUCUUGGGUUCACCUUACCUUCCUGCAGGAAUGAUGUAUGGAGCAGCACCUAGGGUACCCCCACCAGGAACCCCAGCUGGAUUUCCUAUGUCCAUAGCAUACACGUCCCCUCCUCCACCUGCAGCUGCUGUAGCAGCCGCUGUUGUUGGUAACCAGCCACCACCGCAAGGCACUGUGCAACAACCAGGCAUUCAAUCAGCUCAG